GUCCGCAAGGUCGCGGGCUACUCGCUCGACAGCGACGAGCCGCCGAGCGUCAACCCGCUCACGGGUAACCUCUACAGCGCCAAGUUCAAGACCAUCUACGCCAAGCGCCGGACGCUGCCCGUGUACCAGUUCCUCCACGACAUCCAGGACAAGGUCCGCGCCAACCAGGUGCUCGUCGUCGAAGGCGAGACGGGCUCGGGCAAGACGACGCAGAUCCCGCAGUUCCUCGUCCAGGCCGGCUACACUGACAGCGGCAAGAUCGUGGCGUGCACGCAGCCGCGCCGAGUCGCCGCCAUGAGCAUUGCCAAGCGCGUCUCGGAAGAGAUGGACGUCGUCCUCGGCCAGCAGGUCGGCUACACGAUCCGUUUCGAGGACAUGACGACCGACAAGACGCUCUUGCGCUUCAUGACGGAUGGUAUGCUUCUCCAGCACGCGAUGAACGACCCGCUCCUCUCCAAGUACUCGGUCGUCAUCCUCGAUGAAGCCCACGACCGGACGCUCUCGACGGAUAUCCUCAUGGGCCUCCUCAAGGAGAUCCUCCCCAAGCGACCGGACCUCAAGGUCGUCGUCAUGAGUGCGACCUUGGAUGCCGAGAAGUUCCAGACGUACUUUGACGGCGCGCCGCUCGUGCGCGUGCCGGGUCGCAUGCACCCCGUCGAAGUCUUUUACACGCCCGAGCCGCAGCGCGACUACGUCGAGGCGGCCGUGCGCACGGCGGUGCAGAUCCACCUCUGCGAGCCCGAGGGCGACAUCCUCCUCUUCCUGACCGGUCAAGAAGAGAUCGACACGGCUGUGAGACAGAUCCAGGCCGAGUGCUGCGCGCUCGACCAAAAGAAGGUCGGACCCGUCGACGUCUGGCCGCUCUACUCGACGCUGCCGCCGGCGCAACAGCAAAAGAUCUUCAGCUCGGCGCCCCGUCCGGCGUUCGAGGGCGGCCCGCCGGGUCGCAAGAUCGUCGUCGCGACCAACAUUGCCGAAACCUCGCUCACGAUCGACGGUAUCGUGUACGUCAUCGACCCGGGCUUCUCCAAGCAGAAGGUCUACAACCCGCGCAUCCGCAUUUCGUCGCUGCUCGUGUCACCGAUCUCGCGCGCGUCGGCGCAGCAGCGGUCUGGCCGUGCUGGCCGCACGCGCCCCGGCAAGUGCUUCCGCCUCUACACGGAGCGCGCGUUCAAGAACGACCUCCAGGAGCAGACGUACCCCGAAAUCCUCUGCUCGGAGAUGAGCUCCGUCGUCCUCACGCUCAAGAAGCUCAACAUUGACGACCUGGUCCACUUUGACUUUAUGGACCCGCCGGCGCCCGAGACGCUCAUGCGCGCGCUCGAGAUGCUUAACUACCUCGGCGCGCUCGACGACGAGGGCGACCUCACGGAGCUCGGUGCGCAAAUGGCCGUUCUCCCCGUCGAGCCGCAGCUCGGCAAGAUGCUGCUCAUGGCCGGCCACUACGGCGUCGUGAACGAAGUCGCGACGAUCGCGGCCAUGCUCACGUCGGGCGCCGAGCCGUUCGUGCGGCCAAAGGCCGAGGCCAAGGCCGCCAACGAGGCCAAGGCCCAGUUUGCGCACGUUGACGGCGACCACCUCACGCUCCUCAACGUCUUCCACGCGUUCAAGCUCAACCACGAGUCCAAGGAGUGGGUGUACGAGAACUACCUCAACUUCCGCGCGCUCCAGUCGGCCGGCAACGUCCGCGACCAGCUCCUCCGCAACCUCGGCCGCCUCGGCCUCCAGGGCCGGUCUAUGGACGUCAACGACCCGCGCUACUAUGAGAACAUCCGCAAGUGCAUCACGGCCGGCUUCUUCAUGCAGAUGGCCUUCAAGCAGAGCGCGGGCGGGUACCUCACAGUCAAGGACAACCAGGUCGUGCACAUGCACCCGAGCUGCGUCCUCGACGACAAGCCCGAGUGGGUCCUCUACAACGAAUUUGUGCUCACGUCCAAGAACUACAUACGCCUCAACACGCGCGUCAAGGGCGAGUGGCUCGUCGAGCUCGCGCCGCAUUAUUAUGACCUCGAGAACUUCCCCGAGUGCGAAGCCAAGCGCGAACUGGAAGCGCUUUACCGCCGACUCCAGGCCAAGCUCAAGAAGUAAACCUAGACAACGACACGAGCAGAGCUACUAACAUAAAUUGGAUUGUAUUUCGAAAACCUA